AUGCGCGAUGGCUACAAGUUCCUCUUGGCUUCUCCUCCCCCUAAAAGUAGAACCAUCCUAGGUCUAGGCUUCCUCCUUUCUCCUUGGGCCCAACGCUGCUACAUUGACCACAACAUAUUCUCAGACAGGAUCAUGUCCGUUUCCUUUACUGGUGAUGUACACACUCAUCUAGUAACCUGUCACUCCCCUACAAACGUUUCUACAGAUCUGGAAAUUGAGCAGUUCUAUGAAGAGCUAUCUACUUGUGUACGUUCCUUUCCACCCCAUGACGUAGUAGUUAUAGCUGGUGACCUGAACGCUCACCUGGGUAAAGACACCUGCAAUAACAACGCAUACUAUGAGUGUACAAACCGAAAUGGACAGCAUCUCCUAGACUUCGCCCAAGAAAACACAUUUACCAUCGGCGGGUUAAAGUUUAGCAAGAAAGCUUCCAAAAAAGUGACUUGGACAGCACCAAAUGGUCAACUGCAUCAGAAUGACCACAUCCUCAUUCGUUCUAAAUGGCAGAACUCUCUUAAAAACUGUGAGUCAUACGUCAACCCUUCAGUUCAAUCUGACCAUCGGAUUCUUACAGCGACCAUCAAACUGUCAAUAAGGGCCAACAUCACCCGGCCUAAGGUUAUUAAGUAUGACUGGGAAACGUUAAAGAGUGAUACACCACUGUUGAAUGUCUUCCAACUUCAGCUCCAGAACAGGUUCAACGCCUUAAUGGACAUUGAAAGUGAGUCGGAAGACCUGAUCCUACAAAAUCAGCACAUUUACACCAACAUGAUAAGUGCUAUCAACGACACAGCUGAAAAGGUUCUUCCUAAAAGGAAGAAGACGAGCCUAACGGCCCAGAUUUCGUCCAACCCUGAGUACCUGGCAGCUGUCAAGGCACGAGAUGCUGCUUUGAAGGAUAGUCACAAAAGGAAGACACGAGCCGCCACUAAAGCCCUGCGUGACGCCACCCUCAAAGUCAGAGAGGUCGAGACGAGUAUACAAGAACAGUUUGUGAACAACCAAAUCGACCAGGUUGAUCAAUUGUUCAUGCCGCAACCCGUAAACAACCCAGGGUUUGCACCAUGGCAGACAAAGUCAAACAGUUCCGGUAUCGCGUGGAAACUAAUUAAUGAUCUGACAGAUCGUAAACCUAAAUCUAUGUCACCUCUACCUGGAUAUAGAAACAAGGCAGAACGAUCAAAGGCGUGGACUGACCACUACAGCAAACUGCUCUACAACCCUGCUGACUCCACCAGAAUGAACAGCAUCAGAAUGGACAGCAUUGAUGUUUCUGAACCAAAGCUCCCUAUUCUGACGUCUCCAUUCACAGCAGAUGAACUAUCAACAGCCCUUAAGCAGACAAAGGACACGUUCUGUCCUGAAAACAGCAGAGGCAUAUCCAUCCUUCCUGUUGCCACCAAGAUCUACAACAGGCUGCUUCUCAAUCGUAUCAGAACUCAUAUUGAACCUCGCUUACGGUACAACCAGAAUGGUUUCCGUCCUGGAAGGGGCACUCGUGAACAGAUCUUGGCCCUUAGGCGAAUAAUUGAAGAAGUCAUCAACUUCCAGCUCCCCUGCGUCAUCUCCUUCAUUGAUUUCUCUAAGGCGUUUGAUUGCAUCUUUAGAUCUCAUCUUCCUAACAUUCUGGCGUCCUAUGGCUUCCCUAAGAUAAUAAUCAAAGCCAUUAUGUCCCUUUACAUCAACACCAAAGCCAAGAUCAUGACCCCUGAAGGUACAACUCUUGAAUUCCUGACCAACCUUGGAAUUCUCCAGGGCGAUGUUCUUGCUCCGCUUAUCUUCAUUAUCGUCCUGGACUUCAUUCUUAGACUGGCAAUAGGUCCACACGAUGGGCUUAAAGUAGGUUGUGAUUACAUAGCAUAUUUGGACUUCGCCGAUGACUUAGCUACAAUCACACCCAGCUUCAGCGAUAACAGCCACCUGAUAGGGUCUUCAUUAACAGCAACCCUCUCGAAGAAGUCCACGACUUUAAAUAUCUAG